GAUAUCUUUAAUCAUAGAACAAUUUAAAAUCGUGCUUAUAGUCAUGGUUGUAGAUCUUAAACCGUGUUAUAGUUAAUAUACAAUGAUUGUAUAUGAUAAGGAUUUGUCACGUGCAAAAUAAUUAAUAAUUAUUAUUUAUUAAUCAAGUGACAAGUAGUUUAGCAACGGUCCGACACACCGCAUCCUGUAUCAAACCAUGAGCGAUUGUGAAUCGUUAGUGUCGUUCGACUCGGCUCCUAGAAUUCGGAAAAAAGGUAUAGUGUACCUGUCGUCAAUACCGAAGUACAUGAACGUAACUAAACUACGCGAGCUGUUGGGUCAGCAUGGCGAAAUAGGCAGAGUGUUUCUACAGCCGGCUUCCAAUCCGAACCUGAAAAAAAGACCGGCCAAACAUUUCACCGAGGGUUGGAUAGAAUUCGAACGAAAAAAGGUCGCCAAAAUGGUCGCGGAAAUACUCAAUGGCAAGCGAAUAGAUUCCCGAAAGAGUAGCAAAUAUUUCGACAGUGUGUGGAAUUUAAAAUACUUACCCAGAUUCAAAUGGGUCCAUUUAAAUGAACGCUUAGCUUAUGAAAAAGCUGUACGCAAACAUCGUCUACGAGCCGAAGUAUCACAAGUAAAAAGGGAAGCAAAUCACUUCUCCUCUAAUAUCGUUAGAAGUGAAAAGAAUAAAUUAUAUCAACAAUCAAAUGUAAAUUUUAAUGUUCAACAAAGAUUACCAGAAGAAGAAUUUUUACAAAACAAAAACUGUGUAUCAGAUAUGGAAUCAAGAACAGACUUUUUAUCAAAGCUUUUUGAUAGUUAAUAAUUUAAUAGAGAUACAUAAUCAAUAAAUGUAAAUAAAUUUAAUUUAA